GUCAACGACACAGUGCUGAACUGCUGCGCCAGCCCUGAGAGGGAGGCGGAGGAGGAGAUGGAGGAGGAGCACACUGAGGACAGAGGUCCUGCUGGCUGUUUCUUAGAGGAGGAAGGGGUAGCGAGGCACGUCCGUCCCCAACGCCUCGACGACAGGAAGCUCCAACGCCACAAAGCUGCCCACGCCAUCCCUGGUCCCCAUGGCGACCCCCCACAGAGCUCAGAGAGCCCCUUCCCCUCCUCCAAUCGGAAGCCGAGCCCGGCCGUUUCCUUGGAGACGACCCUUCCUUCAGAGCCACUCAUCUCCCAAGUGCCAUUAAGACUGCAGAUCAAGGUGUCAGGGCAGAGGAGCAGCCUUGGGAUCAGCAUAGCGGGAGGGAAGGGCUCGCUGCCCUACAAGGAGCAAGACGAGGGCAUAUUCAUAUCCAGGGUCUCUGCAGGAGGUGCAGCUGAGAAGGCAGGGGUCCAUGUUGGAGACAGAGUCCUCGAGGUAAAUGGUCUAGACAUGCAGGAAGUGAGUCAUCACCAGGCUGUCAGCGCCCUGAGGAAUGCUGGGAGUUGUAUUAAGAUGAUGGUCCUUAGACAGAGGAACUUCCUAAGAGACGCCGUUGCCACAACAACCACCCGUGUCACCGCGGAGAUGGAGGUGCCGGGGGACCAACAACAUGAGGGGGGACAUGGAAGCAUCCUCUCACAACCACCGCCGCAGCCAUUGGCUGGGGAGAGUUCCUCUGUGGGGAGAAAGCUCCUGACCAAUAGAAUAGAGGCAGUUGUCUGUAAUGGCAAUGGACUGGCUGAUCCAGAGAGGAGCCUGAAUGGGAGGCUGUUUGGUCGCUCUCCUGAGGUGUCCUUCACCGACACCUUACAGCAGGUGAAGAACACCAUGACGAUCCCAAGGAUCAUCCUCACUCAUCCCUCCACAUCGGAUGAGGACAUCGAACCCUUGACGCAGGAGUCAGCCGGCCGGGGUUUAGACGACGCAGACGACCCAGAUAGACAGAUUUACUCUGAAUGCUACAACCACGCUUUCAGUCCGGCCUGAACACAGACCCAGGGAGAGGUCUGCAACACCACCUCACUCACAACCAACCUCCUCUUCCUUUUGUACUGAAACAUGUCUACGUUUCAGAUUGCAGUUGGUGGUGUAUGGGAAGUGUUGAGGGUGAAAACGGUUUUGUUUUUGUAAUUGUUAUUACAGGACUGCUUUCUUUUCUGUCAUUGUUAUUCAAAUGGAGAUUCAUUUCCAAAGAAUGUUCUCAUUGUACAGCAUGAGUCAUUGUAUGGAGCGUACAAAAGAGUUGCCCUUGCAUCACCCCAUCUUUGUGGGGGAGUAGGGCAACAACGGUGACGAGAGAGACAAAGUAAUUAGUGUGGACAUGUGUUUUCCCACCCAGUGGAUGAAAUCCAAGACUGUUCUAGGACAUGGUUUGUUUUUUCUCCAAGAUGUCUUGACUGUUGUUUCUGGAGGAGAUGCACCUGUCUUCCCCCCCUGUUGGACUAGUAGUAAUGUGUGUGUGUGUG